AUGCCGUUUAGAGAGUCCCUAGCCUGCGGCCUACAGAAGUGUGUGGGAAACCAGUGGAAGGGGAAUUAUUACAGUGAUUUUAUUGUUAUUGUUGAGGAUACCUCAUUCCAAUGUCACCGCUUCAUUCUCGGAGCAUGCUCCGGAUUCUUCCAGUGCCUGUUCAAGUCACCAAUGAAGGAACAAACAGAAGGUUGUGCUAAACUUGAGGGGAUGAGUGCUAGCACUUUUAAUAUAAUCGUUAGCGCUCUGUAUACAGGUAUAGAAGAACUCAACAACGAUAAUGUCUUAGAUGUGUGGUCUGCUUCAGAAAUGCUUGACAUUGGUUACUUAACUAAGGAGUGUCAUAAAUUUGUUGUAGAAAACGUCUCUGUUGACACUUGUUUCCGUUUCCUCAAGCACGCAUCACUGUAUGCUGCAACAUAUGUGGUAGAUCAUUGUUUGGAUUUUAUCUCCAGAAACUUUAAAAACUUUCGGGAUGAAGACAAACUUCUUCACUUAUCCUUUGACCAGUUUUACAAAGUAAUUGCAAACAAUUAUUUAUCCACAUACGGAGAAGAGUUGGUUGUGGAAAUCAUCUUGAAAUGGGUAAAAUAUACCCCACAAUCCACACAACGUACAUCUCUAGAUUCAGGUAAAGUUGAUUUCCCAACAAACAGCUUGUCCAGCAGCGAAAAUCAGGAGAAUAUAGACGAUGAUCAGGCGAUUGUAGCAUGUGGUGAUAAACUUGAGGAAUCAAAUACUUGUUCACCUUUCACAGAGACCAGAGAGAGCACUGACACUCCUGCACUCAUUCCUGUACAAAUCUGUAAUGGCUGCAGAGAUGCUAAUGCUGAUGAAACGCAUAUUGAAAACCGAAAACAGCAUCUCUGUCAACUGUUGUCUGCAUGUAGGUUAUUUACAAUAAAAUCAAACUUUCUUGACAAUGUAAUAAAGAAUAAUGCACGGCUGUUGGUAGAUACAGGAGCAUACCCAUUGAUCCAUGAAGCUCUGAUGUAUACCUUGGAUGUCAGCCGACGCCAUAACGCAUGGCCUGUUGCAGCUGUGUACAGAGCUUCCAGUGAUUUCAAACAUGUCAUGGUAUUUUUGUCUAACGACAUGGUCAUGGCCUACAUUUUGGACACUGGUUGUGUUGCUGAGCUUGCUAAACUCCCUAUGAAGUGUAAAUCAUGUAAUUCCAAUAUAAUUAUUUUUGACAACAAUUUGUAUUUACUUUCGGAUAAUGACACUGAUGACAAUAAACAAUUCUAUAUGCUUGAAGGCAAUAAAACUUGGUUUAAAGUGAAUAUCAUAGAUACAAAUGGGGCAGCUGUAUUGCUACCACAUGGUGAUAAUAUUUACUAUUAUUGCCCGAAGGCUAGUAUAUAUGAGGCCUACAACGACGACGAGGAGGAACGAGGCCAUUUUAAUCUUUAUCGUUUCUGUCAUGCUUAUGGGCGUGCCUUAGUGUGGUCAAGGUGUGGCAAGCUGGAAUUUAACCGCAACUGCCUUGUCAGAUUAAAUAAGUACAUACUAGUUUUCGCCACACAAGAUAAUGUUAUAACUGUGGAAUGCUACAAUACAGAGACACAAGAAACUCAUAAAUGUACGACACCAAUGAGUGGAACGUCCCAAGACAUCGUUAGUUUUACACACGAAACGCAGGCUUACAUCAUUCAGAGAAAUGGCUGCUUGUGGAAAGUAUUCAGCACAGACACCACCCAUGUAGACUUUGAGCUGGUCUCUAAACUCUGGGACUUUGACAGCAGACUAAAAGGAUGUGUGCUCUAUAAACAGGCACUAUUCAUAUUUAGUAAUAAUAAAAAGUCUAAGCUAAUGUUAUCGUCACUCCCUGGGAUUUUUACAAGGACCCAGAUAAUAGUCAUCGAUAGCAAAACACCAUGUUUCCCCAUGACUCUAAAACUUGCUUUAUAA